CGGGAACUUCCUCUCGACCGCCGUCAAUGGGGUCUACCACUCCCCGGCGCUUUAGACACAGAGCGAUUCUGAUUUCUGAAAUGGCAACACAGCGUCCAGUCCGCACUUGAUCUUGGAAUAUGGCCACAAAGCUCCUUCCUCAACUCUGCAUAUCUCCUUCACCUCCAGAUCAUCCUCACACCACCAAACCGUUCCUUUCCCCUUUCAGGAAUCGCAUCCGAACCUCAAAUCACAUCGUCAAAGUGAAUGCCGAUUUCCGGUCCAAGACUUCGAGUUUCUUCGUCUCUGGUUCUCUGGCUCUCGCCAUGUCUCUCUCAGGAGUUGCAUUUGGCGAGGAAAGGGUUGGGGUUAACAAGCCGGAAUUGCUUCCUGAUGAGUUCACAACUGUUAUUGAUGUUGCUGGGUUUCUCUCUGAUGGCCAGGAGAAAAGACUUGCGCGGGAGAUAUCAGAUAUAGAAAGAGAUACUGGGUUCAAGUUGAGAAUUUUGGCUCAAAAUUACCCCGAUACGCCAGGAUUAGCAAUCAAGAAUUUCUGGGGAGUGGAUGACAGGACUAUUGUUUUUGUUGCUGAUCCUACUUUUGGUAAUAUACUGAACUUCAAUGUUGGAGCUUCAGUGGAUCUAGACAUACCACGUAGCUUUUGGAGCCGUUUGGCUGGGAAAUAUGGAAACAUUUUUUACUGUAGAGAAAAGGGUGAAGAUGCUUCUAUUGAAUCUGCUGUUAUGGCAAUAUCAUCUUGCUUGAGAGAGCCGGUUGGGGCAAAUAACUGUUCAGAAGUGAAGUAAUUCAUCGUUUUGCAUCCAUUAUAUGUAACUGAAGUCAAGGCAUUGCGUGAAAGAUAAGUUAUUUUCAAUCACAAUGCUUAUGGGUGUCUUGCAAAUUGGGUUCAUGAUUUACCUUUUUCGACUGCCUCGUGGGGAGAGCGUCGCCUUUGGUAAUCAUGAAGACGGCUUGCGGGUGUAUUGCAAAAAGGGGUUUUGGGUGUCUCGCGGAGAGGACUUUGGGGUGCUUCACAAAGAGGGCUUUUAGACACAUCAAGAAAAGGGGUGGCUAACU